AUGGGCAAGAAGAAGUCCGAUUCCGCAUCCGGAGGAGCAAUUCCAGAAGGCGACUAUGAGAAAGGAAAGAAGAUCUUCAAACAACGUUGCGAGCAAUGCCACGUUGUCAACUCCCUUCAAACAAAGACAGGACCAACUCUGAAUGGAGUCAUAGGAAGACAGUCGGGACAAGUUGCCGGAUUCGAUUAUUCAGCAGCCAACAAGAACAAAGGAGUCGUCUGGGAUCGACAAACGUUGUUCGAGUACUUGGCCGAUCCAAAGAAGUACAUUCCGGGAACUAAGUCUUAUUCAUUUUUUCAGAUGGUUUUCGCCGGGUUGAAAAAAGCUGACGAACGUGCUGACCUCAUCAAGUUCAUCGAAGUGGACGCAGCGAAGAAACCAUCAGCAUAUGCUCACCACCUACCAUGA